UCAGGUUUUGGGCCAAAAAGUUUGGAGUCAAGCAUAGCAAGUUUGUUGCGCAACAAAAGAUCAAUUGAUAAUGCUAACAAUACGGAUGCAGUCAAAUUUUUUCACACUGUUGAUGAAAUAAAUGAAGAUACUUUGAAGCACGGAAAUGUAUCAGGGACUCUUCAAGCGCACAAAGUUGACGGCGUUAUUUCUCCAAAAAUAUCUCGUAGGACCGGUGUGUUGAGUGACAAUGUGUCUGAGAGUUCACUGCACAUAGAGUACAACGAACCCAACGACCCUCAUAUUGCAGAUAACAAAAUAGAUGCAGUCCAGCAUGAAGACCAGUUCGACUCCUUAAGUCAUAACAAGAUUCUCACAAUAAUCGGCAACCACACCCAAAAACAAAAGGAUAAAGAUCUAUCCAAACUAGUCGUCAAUGAGCUAAAAUUCGGCCAAGAAAUAAUAGGAGAUGAACACGCUAAAAUCAUGUCCAACAUUACCUUCACACCAGAAAACGAUACGCUUACAGCAAUGGCUUUCAUUGCUGGUAAUCUUUUAAACAAACUUUGGAAUAUGGAGAGAGAUUCUGGGGAAGAUUCAGUGGAGACCGAAGUAUUAAAACACGAAAAAAUAUCUGAUUUACUAAAUUUGUUUAAAGAACCAUUGAAUUUGAGACAAGAGAACUUCUUAAAAAGUGCUUUAGAACAAUUAUCAGAGGCUAUUGAUAAGGACAAGACUCUCAAAAAUGUGACGCUCUGUGAGAAAAUGGAAAAAUCAAAGGGAAUUUUAAGGGCAAUAAAUGGUUCAAACGAAGAGGGAACAACUGAAAAGCCUCAUGAUAGUGAUAAUGUUGACAAUAAAGAACCUAGUUUAGAAAACAACUCUGAGGUUGCUACAGAAGCAAUUACUAAGAUAAAUAAUGUAUUAAGUCUGAUUAAUAAGUUUCAAAAAGUUCAACAAAAUUUGAAUAAUUUGAAACAGAAAUCAAAAAGUAAUAGUGGAAAUGUCAAAAGAAAAGCUAAUAAGACCAAAAUACCUACGGAGCUAAGUUUAUCAAAAGAUGAAGCUUCAUCACUAAAUAUUUUUGGUACAAUUUUAGAAAAAAUCACAAAACUAUUGAUGCCACCUAAAAAGAGUAAAAAAAUGGCAAAAAACAUACGGAACCAAAAUGUUUUCAAAAACAACAACGAAAUAGCAGCCACAUUAAAACAUCUGUAUAAUAUUGAUGUAGAUGGUUCAGAUUUGACAUCUAAAGACAAACUUAUAUUUGAUUAUUUAUCUACGGUAAAGAGAAACCCCAACUGUAUUCUAGAACAUUUAAAGGAAGGCAAACAGAGUCCUAUAACCAAAACAGAAGGGGAUAUUUUAUUAAAUCUCUCCGAAUUUUUCAAAAUUAAGUCUUUUGUUGAUUUGCUGAAACUUCUUGAACCGGAAAAUAAAUCAAAUGUACGGAGUUCCAACUUAACAACGACAAGUAAACCAGAAACCACCAUCACCUCCGAAAGAACUACGACUAAAAUUACUACUACAACUGAAAUCUCGACGAAGCUAGCGAAUACUAAACAGAAACUCAAAGCUCAUCUCAAAAAUAUUAUUGAUGAUUUGAUUGAAAUUCAAAAUGCUAAAGGCCAUCCUACAAAUAACAUAAGCAUUGUAGAUGCGUUACCUUGUAUUUAUAAUAUGCUCAAUGCUGAUCAAAAUGUACAGAAAAAGUCAUCGAAAAGCAAAGCAAGUACAGUAUCACCAGUUGAUAAAGUAACAGCGAUAUUUCAUGCUUUGAAACAAGACCUAAUGUCAACCCAAACUCGCAGAAGCAACGUCAUAACCGGUGAAAGGCCGAAAUCAGCUGUCGUUUGGGAAAGAAUUAUCAAAAACUUUGAUAACAAAAAUAAACAGAGCGCUAGACGCCACUUAGAAAUUCAAGAGCCCAAAACCUUUGAAGAACUUAAAAAUCUAGUAGACAAAAUUGAAUCAACUUCAAAAACCUACAAAAAUGAUGCUUUAAUGAACGGAGUGCCGCCAUCAGAGCGAUUAGUUUUGCUCAAAACUCUAUCAGAAGAUGUCAAACAAUACAUAAGUGUCCUAGAGGAUAUUGAUAACUCUUUGUUCAACUUGGAAAAUAUACCUGUAGAUAAGAAAACUGAAUUGAAAGAUUUUAUAGACAAUUCAGCAACAAAUCUAAAUCUGAACGAAAGAAUUGCUAAAAAUAUUAAUGAAUUAAAAGUGAAAAGCAACACACAACAGGAAAGUUCGGCUAAAAUAGUAAAUAAUCUUAAAGAAAAAUAUGUUCAGAAACACUCUAUGAAACUUUUAGAUAUAAAACCAUCGUAUGAAAGGAAAAAUGUUAAAUUGUCUAGAGAUUCUAUCAUUAACCAGUUGAUCAAGAACCGAAUGGAAUUGUUCAUCAAAAUUAAAGAAUCCAAAAACGUAGAUCUUGAGAGUGAUAUGAAUUAUUCUAUUGCUAAAAAGAUUUUGGCGUAUCUAGAGAGCGGUAAUUAUACUAUAGCAAGAGAACUGUAUAAAAUCAUUGUGUCCCAGAAACAGAAAACUAACGAUCAGCCGCCAGCUGAUAAGAAAACAGUGCUAACGUCUGGCAGAAGGUCAUCAAUUCUCACCAAAGAGCCCGUGGUGCAGUUCGAAGGGCCAAGGGGCCAGAGUCAACUGCAGUGGCUCAACCAGGACAUCUGGUUGAAGCAGCUGACUAACUUGAAGAACAUGAGAUUAUAG